CAGUAUCUGAUUAUCGGGUAUCGCAUUCGCUAUCGUUUCCAGCUUCCAACGCUACACAAAUCUGCAUCCCCAUACACUUUGAGAUCGGGUGAACAUGCCGUUAUUGUUCAUUGGGAACAAAAGACCCAGUAGUUUGGUUCGGAGAUUUAGCUUCGGUGUGACAACCUUACUCUUACAAGAUCUUAUGAGAUCUUAUGAGAUCUUAUGAGGUUUAAUAGACUUAUAAAAGGCCUGCUUGAUCCCCCAUAUACUCGAUCUCUCUCUCUUCCAUAUAACAGUCUUUCCAAGGACGAAUGAAGUUAGCACUGGCCCACCUACACCUAGGUAAAUGCGACAGUAGCCACAGGCCUAUAAGAAGAUGAAUUGUGGCAAACCGGCUUAUCGCGCUGUGCCGCGCCGCAUUUGGAUCGGUCCAUUCGAUCGAUCCAGACGGAUUCAUGCUGAUGGAUGUCCCCCCAUCUCUAGUCGGCAUCGUCAGUUGAAUAGCCUCAGGCUCGCAAUAAAUCAAUUCAGGCUGGCAUCAUAACUACGAUGAACCAGCGAAGACGCAAGACCAAGCUGAAAGACAUUAUUGGUGCUAGUAAUAGUACCACGAGCGUUCUCGAAACUACUCCGAUCUUAUCGGUAUGAACGACAGUGGCACGCAAGAGCACAAGCCACGCGGUCCGCGGCUCUAUCAUAAAAAGUCUCGUACCGGAUGUACGCGAUGUAAGCAGAGACGAGUCAAGUGUGAUGAACUUCGACCAAGCUGUGGCUCUUGCUCAAGACAUGCGGUUGAGUGCGUGUAUUUGACUACGAGCCAGGCAUCUUCAACAGCCUCUGUGAGAUCAACGUCGGUUACCCGGCAUGAUAGUAGGCCACCCGGUCACUCCACAGCUUCCAGCAGCAAGUUAGCACCUACUUACGACGACGUUUCACGUCAGUCGCCAGUGAAUAGUGCGUCAGGUCUUUUCGGCAACGAAAUCAAGCCGCUGGUGUACUCGCCGAAUGGCCCAGGGUUUUACUCCUCGCCGUCUUCAUCUUAUGUUACCCCUACGGAUAACGGCUCAGAUGUCGAUAUCAACCUACCCGAGGGACCAUGGCGACGAUUCUGGGAACUACGCUUACUAUACAAUUACUAUACGUACAUGUCGCAACCGUUCUCUAUACCUCAAAACCAGGAGAUCGCGCACAUGUGGCAACACGAAAUCCCCGAACUAGCCACGCGCAUGGCGGUUCAGCAAAAUCGAUCCGCCUUGCUUUACGUCAUGUUUGCUAACUCGGCCUUAUACCUCUGGAAAGAAAGCACGGAUGAAAAGGAGCGAAUCGAACUUAUGAAAUUGCAACAGGUUUACCAGAUCAUGUGUAUCAGGGAACAGCGGCGCGAUAUCGACGAUUUAUUGGUGGGGAUGUCUCAAUAUGCUCUCUUCGUCUGCUUCACUAGCAUUCGGAUGGUGGCACAUUCGAUAGGCCUGGUUCAAACAAUGACCGUAGAUCCUUGGGAGCCCCCGGUCCAGUGGUUGCAUAUGGGACGCGGAGCUGGCGAUAUAUUAAGUUUGUCUGAAAAAUUGGGUUCAGAGCACGCCCAGAGGAUUGCGGCGUUUGAGAAAGGACCACCAGAUUUAAGUAAUCAUAAGGAGUUGAUUACUUAUGAUCAUAGUUCGCUCGACUGGCUCCUAGAACAUCCGGCCGGACCGGGAUCAAUUGCGGCGCAAGAGGACCACGAACUAGACGAUGAAAACGUGAGGUGGGUAUACGAAAGCGCUAUGUCGUACAUAUGCACCAUACACAAAGCAGUGGCCGAUGGUGAACGAGAUUUUGCUGUUGUAAGGAGGUUCGGCCGCUUUGCUGUUACCGUGCCCGCCGAGUUCACCAAGUUCGUAGAGGAAAGGAGACCGAGAGCUAUGGUGAUACUGGCACAUUUUAUGGCCCUGUGGAUAGGCUUCGAACACAUAUGGAUGAUCGGCCGAGCUGGCGAGUUGCAGGUCAGGGGCAUAUAUAAGGCCUUGCCGAUAGAAUGGAGCAGCAAGCUUGACGGCCUAGUUGCGAGGUUUAAGCCGCCGGAAGUAGGUAGGUUAAGUUAAGUUAGAUAUUUACUAAGCAGCAAAUCCUGGCUUGUAAAUUAAGGCAUGGGAAUAUGGGGAUAUGGGGAUAUGGGGAUAUGGUAAUAUGCUACGUAUAUAGUCACUCUUACUAAUAUUUUGUUCGUAUCAUCAACUUGUAUGCCCUGUGGUCCUGUUCUUGACUGUCCCGUCCUCACAAGACCAUU